UGCCCGCCAUCUUAGUCAACAGUAAUGAAAAGCUUUAACACUCCAAAAAUUGCUGCAUUAGUUUAUUGCAGUUAUCAAUGGAAUUUAAAUUACUACAAUCUGUAAGAAUUAUUCAAAUUUAAUUCUAUUUUAAAAAAAGAGAGACAAAAUAAAUGAGUACAAAAAUAUAUAUAAAAAUAUAAAGCUAAACGAAUUGUGAAACAACCUAAAAGUGCUAUAAGGACGAGCAUAUAAACAACCUUUUUUUAUUUCUUAAUUGUAUAAUUAUGGAUCUUUAUGGUGUAACAGACGCUAGAAGGACCACUUCUUUUUGAGAAAGACAGUAACAUUUUCGCAAUAUCCUGGAGAGGAAUUCAAACCUUAAUGGUUUUUAAAACUCCAUGGGAUUUAUGUUGACGUUUGAAAGAGAGACAGAUUAUUAAAAUUAAUCAAGGAUAGUAUAACUACUACAAGAUGCCAAAAUCACGUACUGUUUCACAAUCGGUCACAAGCAAUAGACCGCUUCAUAUGACUUUGAAUUUGGAAUGCAUCGAGGAACCACUAAGUGAAUCACAAUUAAAACAAAGAGAAAAGCUGCAAGAAGAUUGCAAUAAGGUUGCAACUACUUUGGAGCAAUUAGUUAUAGAUCACGGAGGGAAAAUAGUAUGUCAGUCUGGAUCUGUAAAUGGAUAUCAAUAUACAAUUCCUUCUAAUACGUCACAACAAAUCGUGAAGAAUCCGCAGUCAUUAAUAAAUGUAAAUCAGAAUGCAAGUCAACAAAUAAAACUUAAUAUGGUAAAUAAUACUAAUGGAGCCCAAGGAAAUAUACAACUUGUUGUUGAUCCACGAGUAGGAGUUAUUCUUGGGCAAGUUACUCAACAACAAGGCAAUACGACGACAACAACAGCUAUACCAACUUCUGUGUCUGCGCAAUCUCAAUCAGAAAGUUAUAAAUAUACUAGAUCCGGACGUCGAACAAAAGUUUUACAAAUACAGCCACCACAACUUGAUAUUAUAGAGGAGCCUCCUGCAGUUCCUCCUGCAAUUCCUCCUGCAGUUCCUCCUACAGUUCCUCCUGCAGUUCCUCCUGCAAUCCCUCCUGCAAUCCCUCCUGCAGUUCCUCCUGCAGUCCCUCCUGCAGUCCCUCCUGCAGUUCCUCCUGCAGUCCCUCCUGCAAUUUCUCGUGGACGACAAAAAGUUGGCACUACGACACAUGUUGUAACUUCAACUACUACUACUCCACAAGGUGUUACAAAUCUCAGAAUAAAAACUGUUAACAAAUCACAAGGAAAUCAAACAACAUUAAUUUCCAAACCUACCGAACAGACUAGUAUAGGUGGUAUAUCAGUUGGAAUAAAAAAUAUAGCUUGUGAACAAAUCGAUGAAACAAAAAAGAAUCUUCCCGAUGGUAAAGAAUUUACUUUUAAUAAAAUGACUGGUGGUAGAACUUUUCCUUCAUUGGUAGUUGUGGCAAGACCUAAUCUUCGCACAAAAGAAAUCAUACCACAGUUUGCAUUAAAGGAGAGAUCAGAGCUAGAUAUCAAAGUAAAAAGUGUACUUAUGUAUUCUGCUACAAAAUUCGCCGAGUGGUUAAUUCAACAAGGUCUAGUUCGUUCCGAACAACAUUGUAUAUUACAUAGUAAAAAUUAUCAAAAAGAAAAACUUAAAUUAGGAAUGUAUAGCGAUCAAGGUAGAUUCCCAUAUUCUGGAGGAUAUGUGUGGAUUUCUACUUGUUGUCCGGAUCGCUUUGUUUCUAUCUUUUCUGGUUCUAUUUUCCAAGGAGCACCAUACACUCCUACAGUUCUUUUAAAACUUAUUUAUCAUUGGGCGUGUCAAACCAAUGUGCAAAAUGUAGUUUCUUGGGUAAAAGUUUCGAAUAUAUAUGUAAAAAAUUUUUAUACAAAUUUACGUAGUGUAUGCACAGCUGCAAUAUGGGAUAAAAGUAGAAUAAUGGGUGGAAAUAAUUCUAUGAUACAAGUAGGUGUUAUCAGUUUGGGUACUACUUCGCAAGAUGGAAAUUUACGUCAGGUGAAAGUUGAAGUUCUUGGUGUUUUGGAUAUGAAAACGUUAGAAUUAAGAUUGCGUGCUUGUGAUCCGGUACAAGAUGGAGAAAGAUCAUAUAAGAAAAGAUUUAAUAAUAUUCUUCAUCCAUUAAAAGACUGGGUACACAUAGAUUCUAAAAUUAUGACUGACUUUACGGUUGACAAGAGUACUUUACAAGAACUUGGUUUUGCCAAUGUAACGCAAUCAGCGUUUUCUGAUCAAAAUCCUAGAAAUUUCAUGAGCAAUUAUCACAUAAUGGAAUAUUUAAGAAAAAUAGUUCCAAGAAUGUUUCAAAAUACAUUGAGUUUACUAAGUAGACAAAUGAUACAACAAUUUUUGGAUGAACUUGUUUGGAGAGAAAUAUACGGUGCUACUGCAGCACGCGCAUUUGACAAUAUUAUACUUCAUAUAUCUGACCAAACCAAGAUAGACUCUAGCGAUUGCAUGCUAGAACGUCUUGCAAAAAUUGCAGCUAAUCCGUUUCAAGACUGGUCUUAUUCAAAAACUAAUCCUCCUCCUCUUUCUCCAUUAAGUUCACUGACAGUAACUAAGGAUCAACCACAGACAAAUCCUGAAAGAAUAGUUCACAAUAUUAAACAAUCGGAAUCUACCUUAAUAAAGCCUGGUCCAAAAAGAGGAAGGAAAAGAAUGUUACCUACACCGCCUAGUCCAGAUAUAGAAGCAAAGAAAAAUACUUCUGAUGCGAAAAUUAUUAAGGAAAAAGAAAGAGAAAAUAAAACAGACCAAAUACAACUUCAAAAAUGUUAUUAUGCUACUAUGGAAGGUGAUCAAAAUGUGUUGUUAAAAGAGAAUAAGUCUUUGUUAUAUUUUAAGUGUUUUCUCUGCACUGCUGUAAUGCGGUAUAACACUGAAAUAAUGGAGCAUAUAAUCAGUCAUGUGCCACCCCAAGUACCAGAUCAAUUAGAAUUUCCUGUAUGCCGCUAUUGCUGUACAACUUUUUCUUCCAAACAUCAAGUAGUCACUCAUGUUUCUGAAGCUCAUAGUAAAUUUGGUAAAUCUGCUGGUGAUAUGGUUGUAUGUGCUAUAUGCGAACAAAAAUUUGGUAAUAGCAAUUUAUUGAUUAAUCAUUUAUCAAUGAUGCAUUGUCCUUCAGAAAUGCCAUAUCAAUGCAAUACAUGUGGUUAUCGAACAUCUAGUCACAAAGAUAUUAUAGAUCAUUAUUAUGAAAUUCAUGAAAAGGGUAAUGGUUUGCAGUGUCCAUUCUGUCUAAAGGUAAUAGAAUUUAUUGUCGAUGGACAAACGAAUGCAUCCAGUAUACACUCAUUCUUACUUCAUAUGCAAAGACACAUUGUAAGGAGAGAACAAGGACGUGGAAAUAAAUGUCCAAGAUGUUGUUUAUGGUUUAAUCAGAAAAGUUCAUUGAAAAUUCAUCAAAGAGAAUUACACGAUUCUGUUAUCAAUUCAAAAGUUGUACCAUUUUCAACAACUGAAAAUGAAAUAGUGAUACUGAAACAACGACCUAUGAUAAGAAGAUUUGAUGUAGAAAGUCCAGUUGCUGAAUUACCAAGAGACGAAUGUGUCAAAAAAUGGAGUACAGGACCAAUUUCAGUUAAUGCUUCUAAUAGUCACUUACCAUGUCAAGAAUGUGAAGAAGAUAUCGAUGAACAGGAUCAUUAUCCCGGAGAACAACGAUGUCAACAAUGUCGUUAUGUAACAUGUUGUUGGCGUGCAUUUAAAGAACAUUUACAACAAAUUCAUAAUGAAAGACCUAUGACUAGUUUAAUCGUUCCUUCUCCGCUUAUAAAUAUCCCAUUGGAAAAGAAAAUGCAGUGUCGAUGUGGGUAUACUACAAACGAUGGGAAUCAAUUGGCCAUACAUUUAAUUAAAUGUAAUGAAAUGACGGCUUAUCCGAUUGAAGAAUCAGCACCAACGGGUAUGCUUGAUAGUCUAGGUCUUGUUCCAAAAAACGUAUCCGAUUCUUUAAGUAUUAAAUAAAUUGUAAUUAAUAUUUGAAAAGAAAGGAGAAGUGGGGAAGAGAGGGAGAAAUACAAAAAAAAAAAUUAAGAAAAAAAUGAGAGAAUGAAAGAAUAUUAUUGUGAUUGUAUAAAGUACGAAAGAGAGAUACAAAUUCGUGUUAAUCAUUCUGAUAUACAUGUUUUAAGAACUAUUAUGUAUAAAUGAUUAUUAAUUUUUGUUAAAUGAAAGUAUAUAUACCAAAAUAUUCGAUUUUCAAAUAAAAAUAACAAUUUUUUCUUAAUUAUUAAUCAUACGCAACAAUUCCAAAACUUAACAAAUAUUUGAAUCUACCCAUAUUAGAAAUACAUUAAUGACAGUAGUAUAUAAACAUAUUAUCGAUAUAUAGUAUGCAGAAAUAUAACAUUUGAGUGUGUAGAACAAUAUAGAUUACAAUACAGUCAAAUAUAUUAAUAAGAAAAAGAAAAAACCAACUGAAAAUCAGAAAUAAGUAUUGUUAUAAAUAUUCUGUUCUUUCUUUACGUAAAUAAUAUUGUUUUUAUAUAUUUCUAUAAUAUAAAAAUUAAAUAUCAAUAUAUGCAACAAAGCAGAAUACUGAUUUAUUUUAAUAAUCUACAUUCAUAACUGUUUAUAAUUAACAUAAUUUAGUACAAUUCUAUACAUUUUUAAAUCAUAAGAUAAAACAAAAUCAAAAAUUCCUUCCAACAGUGAUCACCUAUCCCUUAGAUUUUUUCUUUUUUUUAAAACUAAAUUUAUAAGAUGUAAAUAAGAAUAAUAUUUUUGUCGAUUGAAAUAACAACGACGUAUAAUGUGUUUUAUUCAAUUUUUAUUUAGCAAUUGUUUUCAUGUAUGAAUAAUAAAUGUAGCAUACAUAUACUUUUUAGAUGGUCAAGUGUGUGUAUGAAUAUAUAUAAUACUAACUGACGGAACAAAACAUAUAUAGAAUUGUUUUUCCAAAUUAAAAUCGUUAGGUAGAUUCUCUUGAUUAUUUAAAUGAAUUGAACACAUAAUAGUCCGUCAUUCGUUACUUACCUUUUCUCUCUCUUUUUUCUUUUUCCCUCUCUCUUUCUCUCUCUCUCUCUCUCUCCCUCUCUCUCUCUAUAUA